GCGCACCAGCGACGUCUGGCCGGGGCCCUCACGCCGAGGGCCUCAGCUCGGCUCGUCUGCGUUGCGCACGGAUCUCCCGUCUGAUCGGGGCAUUUCCCCGCGCCAUGCGCAGCCUCUUCCGUGCACCACCAUCCACCACUCGCUGCCCUCCAACUCCCCCACAACCUCCCCCGUUUAAUCACGCUCACGUGACGCCGCCCCUCGCCUCGCUACAUACGCACCAAGUCGUGCAGGGCUGCAGGCACGCAGUCACAGCAGCACGUCAGCCGUCGCGCACACCACUACGAGAGCUUCGCGUCCUGCCGCCGUUGCCGUGCACACUCCGGUCCUCACCACACCGUCACCGCUAGGCAAGCAAUGGACUGGUACGCGUGGCUGUGCAAGGCGGGGCUGCACCCGGACGUGGCGUUCGAGUACGCGCUCCUCUUCGCUCGCAACGAGCUGGGCGCCGCUGACGUCCGGCACCUCGAUCACGAGUUCCUCGCUAGCAUGGGAGUCGCCGUCGCCAAGCACCGCAUCGAGAUCCUCAAGCUCGCCAGGAGGGAGUCCUCCUCCGCUUACCCCGGCAAGGCCGUGGCCGCCGCCAUCACCGUCCUGCCGUGGCGCGCCACCAGGCUGCUCGCCGCGGCCGUGCACCGGUCUGCGCGGUCAGUGCUCGGGCGCCUCCGCGCCUCCGUAGCGCGCGGCCGGGGCCGGGACAGGGCGGCAGCGGCCGUCCUCGCAGCGCCGAGCCUGCCGCUACGCCACCGCGGCGGCAGACUGGCGCACUGGAACAAGAUCUCGUCGCCGGUUGCCUGGCGGGGCGCGAAGCUGCCGGUGCCACUGCUGACGCACGCUAGCAAGCCCAUGCUCACGAACAGCGGCGGGAAGUGGAGAAGCAGCACGACGACGACAGACAGGAGUCGCAAGACCGGGCCCACCGCAACCAUAGCGGGCUGCCUCGUGAGCACGGAGGUCUGCAGCUGCGACGAAGAAGAACAAGAAGACGACGAGGAGGAGUUGGACGGCGGCGAGGAGAUGAGGUGGGAGUCCAUGUUCCAGGAUCUGAAGCCCACUUCGACGAUUCCCGCGCGCGUUGUGCUGCACCUGUGACAUGUCGAUCUGUGUGUACCUACCGUGUACGUGCCAGCGAGAGAAGACGGCCGGCGAGGUACCGUCGUACGUCCACGGUGGCCGGUGGUUGCUGACUUGCUGCUCGGUACCUAGCUGCUGCUACGUUUGCAAAUGUGUAAAUGUGUGAACUGUGAAGUAUCUUUUUUCUUUGCAAAAAAAAAAAAAAAAACUGUAAGUGUCAAAGAGCAAGAG